AUGGGAGGCAGUAGUAUCAACAAGGGCAGCAGUAGUAUCAACAAGGGCAGCAGUAGUAUCAGCAAGGGCAGCAGUAGUAUCAACAAGGGCAGCAGUAGUAUCAACAUGGGCAGCAGUAGUAUCAACAAGGGCAGCAGUAGUAUCAACAAGGGCAGCAGUAGUAUCAACAUGGGCAGCAGUAGUAUCAACAAGAGCAGCAGUAGUAUCAACAAGGGAAGCAGUAGUAUCAACAUGGGCAGCAGUAGUAUCAACAUGGGCAGCAGUAGUAUCAGCAUGGGCAGCAGUAGUAUCAACAUGGGCAGCAGUAGUAUCAACAAGGGCAGCAGUAGUAUCAACAAGGGCAGCAGUAGUAUCAACAUGGGCAGCAGUAGUAUCAACAUGGGCAGCAGUAGUAUCAACAAGGGCAGCAGUAGUAUCAACAAGGGCAGCAGUAGUAUCAACAUGGGCAGCAGUAGUAUCAACAUGGGCAGCAGUAGUAUCAACAUGGGCAGCAGUAGUAUCAGCAUGGGCAGCAGUAGUAUCAGCAUGGGCAGCAGUAGUAUCAGCAAGGGCAGCAGUAGUAGCAGCAUGGGCAGCAGUAGUAUCAGCAUGGGCAGCAGUAGUAUCAGCAAGGGCAGCAGUAGUAUCAGCAAGGGCAGCAGUAGUAGCAGCAUGGGCAGCAGUAGUAUCAGCAAGGGCAGCAGUAGUAGCAGCAUGGGCAGCAGUAGUAUCAGCAUGGGCAGCAGUAGUAGCAGCAGCAAGGACAGCAUUAUUGCUUUCCUUUAUAAUGUAGAGCUCUUCCCUAUAAUGUUGACCUGUCCUCUAUAA